GCUGCAUCAACCUUGGGCAGCUCAAUGAAUUUUCACAGCAGCCUGGCUCUAGCUCGAGCAUGCUCAGUGCAGCGCUGACCUACUUUUGCGUGCCGAAGUCUGGAGAGCGCUGGCUGCCGUUCCGCUGAGAAGGAGCCGCCGGUGCUGCUGUCUUCUGGGGUCGCGCUUGGAAUGUUGCGGCACCCCAACGUUCCACAGCCAAACGUCUGGACACCGCCGCGUCGCUCCAUCGAGCGCAGCCCGGGUUGCUGAGGCAGGCGGUUGCUUGCAACACGCUACGUAGGGAGCACGGAUUACAGCCGCAGCGACGGAGCCACCUCUGUGAGCAUUUCUAUCGGGCUUCGGUUCAGUUUCUUCUCUGUUUUCCAUCGCGGUGAAGGCGAAAGGCUCUGUAGCAACCUGAGGCGCAGCAUUAAAGUAGGAGAGCAUCGUGGGGAGCAGAGAUCUCGGGCCCGGGCGAUCGCACUAAAGGCUAAGUGGCAAAGAGGAGGGUUGACUCACCUAGGAGAUAGGCAUCAGGCUGGAGGAUUUUUUUUUCUUAAAUGUAAAUCUUCAUGGAUCCAGGUAAAACUUUCCUGUGAUUUGCUCAGCUUAGAAGGCUGCAUUCAACAGACAAUUUCCUAUCCCAGCUCUCUUCUGAACAGCCUACUGAAGAAAGAUGAACAUGCUGAACAGCCACCACUUUUUGAACUUCUUGCCUACCAUACGCCUUUUCAUCUUAUUAGCAGCUUUGACAGCUGCUGAGGAUGUGACUAGUAGCACUUUAAAUCACACUGACAUGAACUUGGGAGCUGUACCUGUGAUUAUCUCCAUAGUUGAUCAUAUUACAGUCAAGGAAGGGAAUAGUGCCUUGAUUGACUGCAAUGUCCAAGGAAAUCCUGCUCCACACUACAAAUGGUACAAUUCCAAUGGUUGUUUGCUGAAGGAAGAAGAGAACAGUGGAAAAUGGUGGUUUCUUGACAAUGGGCUACUGAACAUUACCAGCGUGUCUUUUGACGAUAGAGGUAAAUACACAUGUGUUGCUUCUAACAUCUAUGGCACUGUGAAUAAUACUGUGACUCUGAGGGUCGUCUUUACUUCCGGAGAUAUGGGGAUCUAUUACAUGAUUGUCUGCCUCGUAGCUUUUACCAUUGUUAUGAUCUUGAACAUUACCAGGCUGUGUAUGAUGAGCAGCCAUCUGAAGAAAACUGAGAAAGCCAUCAACGAGUUUUUCAGAACAGAAGGAGCAGAGAAACUACAAAAAGCCUUUGAGAUUGCUAAGCGUAUCCCAAUCAUUACCUCAGCCAAAACUCUUGAGCUUGCCAAAGUAACCCAGUUCAAAACCAUGGAAUUUGCUCGCUACAUUGAGGAACUUGCCCGAAGUGUUCCUCUGCCACCUCUCAUCAUGAACUGCAGGACUAUAAUGGAAGAAAUCAUGGAGGUGGUUGGCUUGGAAGAACAGGGACAGAACUUUGUACGACAAGCAGCAGAAGGCCAGGAGACUACUGAUGGAGAUGAUAUGUUUAUGAUUCCUAAUGCACUAAAGCGCAGCGACUCUCCCACAGCUGACUCUGAGGCAUCAUCACUGCAUGAACCACCACAGCAGAUUGCGAUAAAAGUGUCAGUUCAUCAGCUGUCCAAAAAGGACUGUAUAGAUGACCAGUCACAAGACAGUGUGCAAUUAGAAAUUAAGGAAGAAGAGAUUCCUCAAACACCAGCAUCUCCUACUGACCCAAUUCCUGAGCCUUCUACUGAACUAAACUCUAAUGAUAUAGCAUUGGCAACUGACAAAAAUACAUGUUUUAUUUAUGAAAGCCAUGUAUGAUGAUUAUUCUGUGAAUCUAUGCAUAGAAAAUCAGGUGGAGCUCCUUUAAAAAUAGAUAUUAUACUUGCCGCUAAGCCUUACCUGGAGCAUAGCAAAAGCAUGCAUGUGGAUUAUUUGAUAUUUUCUUCUUUGAGUUAAUUUUACUAUGAUGUAUGACAGAGUAAUUACUAUUAUAUUAAUACUAAUUGCUCUUUUUGGUUUAGGAGUUUUUUUCAGAAACAUUUACCUCAGUAAUUUCUAGGUUGUUGUCAACUUCAGUGACCUCCUGGAAGUCAUUUGUAGUGUUAAAGACACUUAGAUUUACUAAACAUAAAACUGUUCUUCAUUUUUCUCCUUCCGCUUCCUCUCUUCCCUCUGCUGCAUUUUUGUGAAACUGUUCCCAUGAAUUUGAAACAUUGCCCAGGAGGCAGGAUUUCAGUAGCCAAAUAAAAUCCUAGUUAGAUCCCAUUUACCAAGCAUCUUUGCCAAGCUGCAUUGUGAAUUAGAGGGCUAUUAAAGAAGGUUAAAUGUGUCUUUUUCAUUUGAGACCAUUUUAUUUAUGUUUAGACAGUGGGGAAAUAGGUUUCCCUACCCCUUAGACUGAAGAAGCCAAUAAGUGUUCAUUCAUACAGAUGAUAUACAAUGUAUUUGUUUCUACAGAAAAGAAAGCACUUUAUUUCUGCCAGAAGGCUACAGUACAAACACGGAUUAGAUUUUUUUCAUAUAUUUAACCAUCUGUUGACUUUACCAGAAGUUUAUAUCAAGAAGGACUAUGGGUGUCCAAAAUUUAUUGUCUUGUUUUGCUUACAUGGUAGAAGUAAAUGGAACCAGGUGACUUUAUAUAACCUGUCAGGAGUGUAGAUUCAGUAAAAGUAUUGUACACUCCAGUAAUUUGUUGCAGGUGAGGCUGAAGUGGUAAAAGAUCCUUGUUUAUCAGGAUUUCCUUUUUCUGCAGUGUAAUUUCCUGAUGAACAAAAACAAGUGCAUUCAUAAUCAUAAUCUUUUUAAUCUAGCAGUGAGUUAAAAAAUUAGUCAAAUACACCUCUACCCUGAUAUAACGUGACCUGUUAUAACACGAAUUCGGAUAUAACGCGGUAAAGCAGCGCUCCGGGGGGGCGGGGCGGCGCACUCCAGCGGAUCAAAGCAAGUUCGAUAUAACUUAAUUUCACCUAUAAUGCGGUAAGAUUUUUUGGCUCCCGAGGACAGCGUUAUAUCGGGGUAGAGGUGUACUUGCUAUUAAGUCAUAAUGGUCACCUCAGUGCAUAAAAAUGGACAAUGAUCACAAACUGUGUUAUGAUUUGCUAUUUUAAAAAAAUCCUCAUCAAAUUGAGAUCUCCUGGGGUGAGGGGUUCACUGACAUCUGAGCAAAUGUGACUCCAUCUGUAUAUAGCUUUCAUAAUCAUGGCAAGUGGGGCAUAUGUCUGUCAUUGGAGAUUUUUAAGAGCAGGUUAGCCAAACACCUGUCCAGGAUGGUCUAGAGAAGACUUAGUCCUUCCUUAGCUGGAGACUGGACUAAUAGACCUCUUGAGGUCUCUUCCAGUCCUACGAUUCUAUAAUAUUAGGAUCAUGGAGUUAUGCUAGGAUAUUAAUGAACUGCAGGGGUGGGGGAGGGAAGAGGGAUAGUGUCUAUUUCAGAAGUACUGUAAUAUUAUGCACUACUGGAUGAGCAUGGAACGAGAUCACUUACAAGCUAGAAUUUGUGCAUGAUGAACAGUAUGUUAUUUAAUCAUCUGAUACACAUUUCACUUGGAAUUGCUGAGCAGACCAUGGUCUGUUCACUUUGGAGAAGGGCUACCAUGCAUUAGAUCAAGUGUUAGAGAUAACCUGGAGUCAAUUACUCCGGAGUGUUGUGGAGAGAGAAUUCGUUUAGACUGCUGAGAAAUUGGUGAGCUUGGGCCACCCAGACAUUUCCCAACAGCUGUCACAGCUAGUACAACUUUGAGCAGUGCUGGUGUUUGGCUUGGAGGAGAUCAGAUAUGUUCACCGCAUAAAUAGUUGGGGACAAACAAGGUCACUGAAACUGCAGCCAUCAGAAGGUGGAUAACAAUGGUGGUGGUGGCCCUGAAUGGAGUGCUGAGUAUCCUCAGGACCCAGUUCAGUUACAAUCCACUGAGAUACACUGAAGUAGCUAAGAUAUGCACCUGCCCCCACCCGUAAAAUAUGGAAAAUGUCCCUUUCCUUACAUUUCUAUGGCCAAUGGGUAUGAAACAAAAAAUAAGAGGCCCAACUUGACUAAUUUUUUUUAGGGUGCUAUCAGCUGUAUGUGCAAGUUAUAGCCAUUUAAAUGCCAGCUAUUUGACUGCACCCAGUAGUCAGGUAAUUUGACAUCUAAAUGUGCACUUUCACAAACAGAAAUAUGCUGGGGCAAGGCCUCUUUAAAAUUUGGCCCAAAAUGUAUAAUUAGUUGCAGUUACGUGAAACAAAACUAGACCAUACUGUGCAGAAGAAGAGACAGGAGUGUGUUAGAAUGAUGUUUAUCAUGACCUGUGAGAGUGAAAGUGCUCAUCAAGUGAAACACACUGUAAGCUCUUCAGUCUGAAGUACAUUUUUGUUUUAUGUUCUUAUCCUUUUUGUUUUAAUCACUUAUUUGCUCUUGCAACAAAAAGGAGAUUUUACAUAAAGCAAGGGUGGAAGUGUGCACUGAGUUCUUUUAAUUUGUCUUAAUUAUUUAUACUAAAGAGACAUAUUGAUAUUCCUAAUUGUUUAAUGUUUAGCAAAAAAUGGUUUCAUACUAUAAAGUGACUUGCCUGUUGCUCAGUGAAAGUAAUUUUCUCAUGAAGAGCCACCCGGUUUUUCAUAGCAGAAUGCUAUACAUUUAGGAAGAGAUUACUCCUCUAGUUUGUGAGCAACUCUGGACUGCGGUUGUGUCAUCUCUUGAGGUCUUUUGGGCCCCACAAAGGGGCUUAGGUUCCUAAACCCCCAGUUUUAAGCAUCACUACCAUCUUCAAAAUCCCCUCUCAGCUGCCACCUAACCCUGGAGGCAAAGGGAUAAAAAAAAAAAUCAAUAUUUUGAAACCAAAAAAAUCAAACUUAUUUAAAUUAGAUAUUUUGUAUUUAAAUUAAAUUCAGAUUUAUUUUUUAAAACCAAACCUAUUUAAAAAUACAUUUGAAAGUGACAACGUAUGUUGAAGGCUAAAAUUAUUAUAAGCUAUUAAAACCAUUUAAAUAUAAAAAUAUUAAGCAAUACAUGUUUGCUGCCAAGUUUUCAAGAAAACCAUACCCACGAACUGGUGGAAGUUACUGGAAACAGAGUUUGUUGAAAUACUAAACUAGUUCUGACAGCAGUAGCCUCUUCUGCAAUUGCAGAGAGAAUAUUUUCCUCAUUUCAGUUUAUUCAGCUAGUUAAAUUCAAUGAGUAGUUCAUUCAAAGUUAAGAAGCCAAUUGGGAGUUGAAAAAGCAGGAAAGCUUGUUUACCCUCUCCUACUUGAAGAAUUAAAAACUAGGUGUGAGAGAAUGAGAUCUACUAGUUCUAAAAUCUCAAAGGGCACGAUGACUAGAAACAAUCAGUUCAAUUCAUUAACUACAGAUAAUAUUUCUUUUGUUUAAUAAAUCAGUUUUAAAUGCAAAACAUGUUUUGAUAAACUUUCCUGUGUAUUCAGCACUCUUAAGGUAGUUUUAUUUAAUAAAAAAGUUAAAAUGCUGUUUUAGUGCACUUUUAAUUAAAUUUGAGUUUCCAUCCAAAGAGAGCUUGAUACACAUCACAAGUAAAAAAUAAAUAAUCUGGUAAAUAAGGGAUGCAUCAUUCACCAUUUUCUAACAUGAUAAAAUAUUUAAAAAUUAAGAAUCUGAAUAAAUGUAAAUUAAGCUAUAUACUUGUUUAAAUAAAUAUAUAUAGAUAUAUUACAUCCUACUGGUUAGUAAAAAGAAGCACCAAAGAUUAUAUUUAGUUGCAAAUAACAUGUUUUAAUAGUACUAACUAAUGAGAAUCAACCUUUCUUUAGGAAAAUAAUUAAAAAGUACAAAUGCAAAACACGAUUUACACUAAUUAUUUAAAUCAAGGUUUUCUGCUUGGUGAUUUAAACCAUGAUUAAAAUUGGUGAUUUAAAUCAAUCCACCUUGCCUGUAGGUGCCUAAAGUCCUAAUGUAAAAGUUCCUUAAGAGCUUGAGGGCUUGUGUAUACUGCAUGCUAAAUCAAUCAGCGGCAUCAAUUUAGCGGAUCUGGUGAAUACGUGAUGAGUCAAUGGCAGAGCACUCUCCUGUCGACUUCAGUACUCUACCUCCCCAAGAAGCGAGAUGUAACUGACAUUGACUUAAGCAGCAGUGUAGACCAGGCCUAAGUUACUGCCUCUGGGCAUGUACACUGCUGCUCUAGCAGGCAUCCGGACGCCCAUCUCACUCCUAAGCCCCAGUGCAAUCCUCAAACCAGGUGGCGAUGGGCAGAGCAAUGCCUAUUCCAUUUUAGUUCCCCCCUGUGUCUGAUGAGGAGAAGGGGUUUGAACAGGGGUUUCCCAUCUCAGUGGGCUAUGGGAUAUUCCAAUGUGAGUCUCAGUCUCUUGUUGAAGCUGUUCCACUUUGUAUUAAAUAUUAAUUAAGCCACUGGGGGAAGGAAUGACUCUAUAGCCUAGUUAUCAGUGCAUUCAUGACAGAAGUAGGAGACCCCAUUCAAGUCCCUUCUCCUCAGGGAGCAGUGGGAAUUGACCCUGGUCUCCCACAUCUUAUCCUAACCACUGCUGGCCUAAGGGUUAUGAUGAAGGCCACCUCCUCCAGUUGUUUUGUUUGGAGCUAAGCAGCAGACAUUCUUGAAAGAAACAGUUUAGGCACCUAAGCCACCUGCCUCCAAGAGAGAGGUUCCCAGUUGUGGAUUACGAGCUGAGAUAGGUGCCUCCCUCCAGUACAGGCUUAAGCCAUGCCCCCCAUGAAGUUCAACAUCUAAGACACACCCCUCUAAUGGGUAUCUCCCAUUGGCUAGUUUAGGCAGCUCACACCUAGCAUGCUGGCUUUUGUGGAUCCCAUUCUCAAGCACCUAUAUCCCCCAUGCAUUGUAUAGGGAGUCAAGGCUCUGAUUCAUGCUUUGUGGAUUCCAGUGAUUUUUUAGGCACCUACAUGUUAGGCAUUGUGAUGCCUACGUCCCUUGAGGAUCCAGGCCACAAUGUCUAGCACAGUGGAGUUCUGAUCCUGAUUAAGGCCCCUAUGCUCUCCUGCAAUCUGUUCAAUAAUAAUUAUUAAUAAAUUACAGUAAUAGUAUGAGGCCAAAUAACCCCAUGGUUUCCAGCAAAAUAAAAUCUAUACUUCAAGGAAAUUUAUUUAUUUUUCAAAGGGCUGGACCAUGCAAAGUGAAUAAUGAAGCGCAGGCUUUAAAGUGCACAGUGAACCAAUUCUUAGCUAAAUUGCUUGUAUCUGAUGCUCAGAGAGGCAUAAUAAGUGAAUUUCUGGCCCCAUUUACGUCAAUGGGAGUUUUGACACUGGAGCUAGGAUUUCACCCAAUUAAACCUUAAAGUUCAUAGAUGAUGCUGGUUCAAUCAAUGUAAUCUGAAGGCUUUCUUUCUCUAUGCACCCAGAAAAAUGUUUGAAAGGUAAAUAUAACUUUUGGGGGCAUAUAAUAGUUUGGUCAUAAUUAAUGUGUUACUUGGUUGAAUGAAAAAUAGUUUUAUGUGGGGUAAAUGUAGGUUUGUAAUAGUUCUGUUUUAAAUAUGUUCUCUCUGUUUUCAUAGAGGUUGAGUAAUCUUCAGUAUCUUUUUGGAUCUAUUGUGUUACACCUAUAAGCAUAAUGUUUAGUAAAUGCUUUUAAGCACUCAUUUUGCUGUAGUGAUGUGGCAAACAAGGUCUGAAGAUCUCAUUCCACCUCUUCCUCCUAGCCUAUUUAAUCAUAAUCUAUCUAAAAUGAACUGUGUUUCAUAAUAUGAUGAAAGAAUAACAUUUGGAAAUAGCUAGUAUAAAUGUUUUGAUGGAACUAUAAUUAUAUUUCUAGUAUUUACAUUAUUACAUAACUUUAAUUUAUAUCCAGGAUAGUUUCAUCACACACCUUAAGCACUUAAAAGGAAUAGGAGUGAUAAAUUACCUAUAAUUUGGCCUAGGCACACCUUUUUACACUAUUAUUAUUUGUUAAGCAUCAGUGUGUUUGGUACCAUACAACACUCAAAAUGCGGAAAGUCCCUGUUCAGACAAAUUAUGUUCUAAACGUAUCAUGCAGACUAAUCCAAUUUUAGAACGAAAUAAGGGGAUCUUGUGUUCUUAAUGCAGCUACACCCUUCAUGGUCAUCCCUAUAUGUCAAGAACUGAAAGUACUGUAACAUAUAAUCAGGGUUUCCUGACCAGCUUUGCUAAAGUAAGUUACCUACAUACUGAUUCAGAAUAACUCAUUUUUAAAAAAGCGGUAAUACCCAGUGGUAAAUUCAGAGACUUGAAAGUUAUUACCAAGAAUAUACUGGCAAAUCACUAUUUAAAGUGUUGGUCUCCUUGGUAUCGAUCAUACUUUGUGGGACUGCUUAAACUUUCUUAGAUGCUAAGAAAAUGCUUGCUCCAAAUUACAAGUUAUAUUUCAGUAAUUCUGGAAGUUUUCUUUUUUUUUUAUGUUACAACAAAUGUAAAAGACCUAUGAAUGUGUUCUGCUGAUCAGAAGCAUAGUUACUGUAUUUUGCUUUUAAGAACUGUCAAUUCUAAGAUUUUCACAGCCAUAAAUCACAAAGAGAAACCAGUUCAUGCUAAAGUGGCAAAAAUGUGAUCUAGCUUGUAAAUUGAUCAUUGUUUCAAUAAAGAAUUUGCACAGAG